UGCUUGGUAUCGUCAUCUUCCUUGUGGCUCUUGCGGGCUUCCUCGGAGCGUUUUGGAGAAUCUCGUGGCUUCUGAUGUUCUACCUCAUUGCCAUGCUUGUUCUCAUCAUCCUGCUUGGCAGCUUGGUUCUCUUUGUGUUCUCGAUCACUGUUAGAGGGUCGGGCCACGUCGAACCGAGCCGAGCUUACUUGGAAUAUCGCCUCGACGACUUCUCCCUUUGGCUCCAAAGAAGGGUUCGAAGCUCUCAUAAAUGGGAGAGAAUCAGAAACUGCCUCAGUUCCACAACUAUAUGCGCUGAGUUGAAUCAGAACUAUAGAUCAGCUCAAGAUUUCUUCAAUGCCCACAUCACCCCAUUGCAGUCGGGGUGCUGUAAGCCACCGACGGACUGUGGGUUCACGUUCGUAAACCCGACAUACUGGAUCAGUCCGAUAAGCACUGGGGCGACAGCGGAUUGCUCGAAAUGGAGCAACGAGCAGAGCCAGCUUUGCUUUGGGUGUGAUUCAUGCAAGGCUGGGCUUCUGGCCAACCUCAAAGAAGAAUGGAGAAAUGCAGACUUAAUUCUGCUGAUUGCUCUGUUGGGUCUUGUUUUUGUGUAUUUGAUGGCCUUUUGUGCCCUAAAGAAUGCCAAAUCUGAGGGCCUUUUCCGCAGGCACAAGCAAGGCUAUGUGUGAACAUCAACUUCUUUUUCGUUCGUGGAAAUAUCGGUGUCGAACCUUUUGAUUUAUAGAAAUAUUGAUGUCGGACAGUUCGGUUUAGUAGGAACAAUUGACGGGUUGCUAAUUUAUUGAAUAUCAUUGAUGUUAUGAUGUUUGAUUUAUAGAAAUAUUGAU